GACUGCGUGCGCAUGAAAGCAAUUUGUAGCCUCGUCAAAUCCCCAUCCUAAAACUCUGUCACUCACUUUUACAGCUCAUCCAGCUGAUACGUGCAGGCCGAGCAAGAGCAAUUCCGUCCAGUGACCUCCCAUACGCGCUUUAGAGUUCUAGUGUUGUACUGUAGCAUUCUGGUGCCUUUGCCAAGUUGAUCUGUUUGCACCAUCUGCCUGUCCGUUUCCUUUCACAAUGUCUGCCACUGCGUUCAUGAAUCGUACAGCUGGCCGCGCAGUGCGCUCUCAUCUUCAGCUCAACCCUGCAUCUACUGCCUUCCUGGUUUGUGAUAUUCAGGAACGGUUCCGGGGUCUCAUUUGGAACUACCCUCAUGUCAUUAACACAGCGUCAAAGAUGCUGGACGCUGCAAAGCUGCUGAACGUUCCGGUCUUGGUAACGGAGCAACAUCCCAAAGCACUUGGCCACACUGUACAAGAACUAGACAUCAAACAAGCUCGCGUGAUUGCAGCGAAGACAAAGUUCUCCAUGUUUGUUCCGGAAGUCCAAGAGUUUAUGAAAAAAAAUCUUGGAGAAUCACCGUCCGCGGUGCUAUUCGGAAUCGAGUCGCAUGUCUGCGUGAUGCAAACGGCUUUGGAGUUGCUGGAUCAUGAUGUUAAUGUUAUUGUCUUGGCUGAUGGUGUCUCGUCAAUGAAUCCUGGCGAAGUAAAGAUUGCGAUCAACCGAUUGCGAGCUGCUGGUGCCACGGUAGCCAGCUCAGAGUCGGUGUUGUUCCAGCUUAUGGGCGACGCUUCCCAUGAAAAGUUUAAGGAGGUGUCCAAGCUGGUCAAAGAGUAUAAGGACAAGACCACAGGAGCUUUGGAUGCGCUCGUGUCAGCAAACUUGUAAAUAGGUCCUCCAUAGAGGAUUACAAUCGUUGUUUGUAGUCACUAUCGCGUUUGAUAGGCAGGUUUCUGAUUUCAGUAUCACAACGGCCAUAGGAUCCAGAAAAAACACAUUUUGAAGUAUUCACAUUGCCUGACUUUGUGCAGGGUUUCUUUAAUCUAAUAUGUACCGUAAAAGUGAAGAGAAGGGGAACCUAUGAAAACGUU